AUGGAUGCCCUUGGUAUCUACAGUCUGACCUUUAAUUGUGCAAAAAACCUUGUCGAUGUCGACCACUUCGCGCAGCACUUCUUCGAUGCGCUCCCCGCGUCGGGUGCGGGGAGCUCCGCACCAGACAUGAUAUUCCUCUCGCUACAAGAAAUCGCGCCUAUCGCCUACUCGUUCCUCGGAGGAGCCUACCUCCAGCCUUAUUUCGAUGCAUUCCGACGUGCAGUCAGCAAAGCGGCCGCGCGCCGUUGGGACCACCACUACGAGAAUUUCCUCAGCGAUAACACGGGCAUGACAGGCCUGAUGCUGUUCGCGCGCUCCGAUACCCUUGAGCAGAUUGCUUGGAAGGACACGGCACAUGUCGGAUUGGGAGUUUCGGAAAUGGGAAACAAGGGUGCCGUCGGGGCUCGUCUGGGAUAUGUUGUGGAAGGGAAUCCAUCAAAGACUGUUGAUCUAACUUUUGUCGCGGCGCAUCUGGCCGCCAUGGAGGAUUCCUUUGAACGGAGAAAUAUGGACUGGAAGAGUAUUGUAGAGCGUCUUGUGUUCACCCACUACCCGGGCGUGCAACCAGAGUCAGAAGUGAGCGAACAUACCGGCCUGUUAAACGACGCAGCCUCAGCACACUCGGAUCACAGUCGUCGCGAUCUCUUCGCGCCAAACGCCUACCUCUUCGUCGCAGGAGACCUGAACUACCGCACCUCAAACACCGGACCAUCCCUCAAGGAGAUAGUCCAAUUCCCACGACGCAGCGCCGGCCUGGACGACCCAUCGCACUACACGCACCUCUUGAAGAACGACCAGCUCAUGCGCGAGAUGCGAUCAGGCCGAAGCUUCCACGGGCUAACAGAAGCGCCGAUCGACUUCCCCCGACAUACAAAUACUCCGACGCAGCACGCGAAGCAGCACGACAGGGGCUGGACACGGAACAGGAAUGGAAAUGGUCCAGCCACCGCUGGCCCAGCUGGUGCGAUCGAAUCCUCUACCUGGACACGCCCUCGUGGGUGGGCGAAGGUGGAAAAGUACAGACAUUCGCAUACGAUGCACUGCCUCUCUUUGCACAGUCAGAUCACCGCCCCGUUGCGCUCGUAG